UCUCCCGCAGCCUUUGGUGAUGCUGCUGAGUAAAGAGGAGGGGGCCUUUCCUGCUUAAGUGGGCACAUCGGCUAUUAAGGACAAGUCGAAGACCUCACAGCUAAACGCGGCUAGCCUGAAAGAACAUAAGCACCUUAUUAUUUAGACAUUUUUUUAACCUGUUGGAUCCACGCGGCUUCAUGGUGUGUCACAGCGGGGCCUCUUGAUUCCGUCGGCGUGUGUGCGGCGCCGGGUGUCGGCCACGGAGUGCGGGAAAAAUGCCUUCUUUCUCGCGGAGGGUUUGGCCUGCACUCGUGUUGCUCCUGUUCCCUUCCGCUGUGGCUGCAGAAGAGCCUUCGCUGCUGGAUGGCUGGCACGAUGUCUGGCUCUUCCGCUUUCUCGUCAACAUGCUGGGAUACUCCACCAUCAUCAUCCCUGGCUACCUCCUCAUUAGCUAUUUCAAGCGCACCAAUUAUGUAGAAACAGGUAGUGGGAUUUGCUAUCCUCUCAUAAAGACCUGUGUGUUUGGAAACGAGGGCAAGACCAGUCUGUUGGAUGAUGUGUCUACAGGAAGCAGGAAUGAGCCUGAUUCGGGUGCAUCACUCAAACAGGCACUCAAGUUGAUCUUUUGUGCUGCCGGACUUCAGGCUUCAUAUCUGACAUGGGGAGUCCUCCAGGAGAGGGUGAUGACUCGUUCAUACGGAGCCACGACUCCAGAGGAGGAGGGUGAGAAAUUCAAGGAUUCGCAGUUCUUGGUCUUCAUGAACCGUAUCCUUGCUCUGACUGUGUCGGGCCUCUGGUGCAUCUUGUUCAAGCAACCUCGCCAUGGAGCACCCAUGUACAAGUACUCUUUUGCCUCGCUCUCCAACAUUCUGAGCAGCUGGUGCCAGUAUGAAGCCCUCAAGUACAUCAGUUUCCCCACUCAAGUCUUGGCCAAGGCCUCCAAAGUCAUUCCUGUCAUGCUCAUGGGCAAGAUUGUCUCGCGUAAAAGCUACGAAUACUGGGAGUACUUCACUGCUGUUCUGAUCUCAGUCGGCGUCAGCAUGUUUCUGCUCUCCAGCACGACCAGCAAGCAUCCAUCCACCGUCACCACUUUCAGCGGGGUCAUCAUCCUCAUCGGCUACAUCGUCUUCGACAGCUUUACCUCCAACUGGCAGGACAACCUGUUCAAGUACAAGAUGUCAUCUGUGCAGAUGAUGUUUGGAGUCAACCUGUUCUCCUGUCUCUUCACCGUCGGUUCGCUGCUGGAGCAGGGUGCCUUCUUUGAGUCGCUGGGCUUCAUGACCCGUCACUCUGAGUUUGCCUUUCAUGCGGUGUUGCUGUCCGUGUGCUCGGCAUGUGGCCAGCUAUUCAUUUUCUACACUAUCAACCAGUUUGGUGCUGCCAUCUUCACCAUCAUUAUGACCCUGCGACAGGCUUUUGCCAUUCUCCUCUCGUGUUUCCUUUAUGGUCACACUGUUACCUUAAUAGGUGGCUUUGGUGUCGCUAUAGUCUUCCUGGCACUUUUCCUACGCGUGUAUGCACGUAGCCGCAUGAAGUCAGGUCGGCGGGCAGUACAGCCGCUCGCACAGAAGGUGUAGCACUCCAAAGUCACACCAAACUGGGAACUAAGACCACGUUUUCUGUGGUGCUAUUUGUCUUUUUGUGUGCAUCUUUCUUUAUUUUUGUUUUUACUGUUCUAUUCUUUUUUUUUUUUUUUUUGUUAGCAACGGUACAGAAAGGGAUUCUGCAGUUUUAAGUCCUACACCAAGGAUCCCCAAGGGGUCUAUGUGAUUUGUCAGGUCAGAGAAGCUUUGAGUGCCUGCAAACUGCCUCUUCAGCUCUUUACUAUUUUCUUCUUAAACCUCCAUAUGAGGGUCAUGCAGCCAGUUUAGGGUUUUUGUGACCGUGAAAAAUGUUUAAUGGCUAAGCAUUGUUUCUCGAGCAUUAAUGGUAUUGUCCCUUUUUUUAACUUUAUUCAGGCUGAUGAUGCUAUUUGUUGGGUUAUCCUUCAGUCGCUGCAGCCAGAUGUUUAUCUCACAGUCUUUUAUGUUGGAGAGCAGAGGCCUUUAUGUGUCUUAUGAUGGAGUUAUAGUUUCAUUUACUUUAAGGUAUAUUAACAGAGGCUAGCAUCAGUUCACUGAGGUAAACAACAUUUUGGGUCCUAAAAGAAUCAGAUGCUGCUGUGGAUUAUUUUAGAUUUUUUUCCACAUUAUGUUUUACUUAAUGUUUUAAACUUUGGGCAAAAAAAACAUGUAAAUAUAUAAAUAUAUAUCUUAAAUCACUUUUUUCAAGCCAACUUGUUAGAUGUGUACUUUUGUAAAAGGACUGCUUUGAUGUGAAUGUUUGGAGGAACAGUGAAUGGAUGAUUCUGAUGCCUCAUUGCUGUCACAUAUGAUGUGAAGAUACUGUAGACCCAGGGGUCAGUUUGCAGAACAGAAUGCAUACAAGGGAAAUGCAAUGUAACUGGUACCUUGUUUUUAUCAUUCUAUUUCCUCUGGUAACUGGAUUAAUAUUAAAAUAAUAACUUAAUACUA